AUGAAUAAAGAUGAAGCGUGUUUUGGUUGGGCGGUAAACGCAUCAAUUUUUGACCCAACCGGUAAAUCCAAUCUUACUACUUCUUAUCCGCAUUAUAGUAGUCUCUUACAGUUUCAUAAUAUAGAAUUCCCUAUGAAACUGUCAGAUAUGCCAAAAUUUGAAUUACUAAAUAAUAUAUCAAUUAACGUUUUUGGAAUCAGUGAAUGUUUUAAAAAUAAUGCCACUCAAUUGGAAGUCGUUGGACCAUUGUAUCAUACAAAAUCUAAAAAACCUACGGUAGUUAAUUUAUUACUUAUUUUUGAUGAUAACGGGAAUAGUCAUUAUUGUUAUAUUAAAAAUUUAUCGCGGUUAAUAUCAAAACAAAAAUCACACCAUAAUGGUCAGACUUUUCUAUGUAAUAGUUGUUUACAAUUUUUGUCAUCCUUAGAACGUCUUCGCAAACAUGAAGACAACGAUUGUAACUUUGGAUAUACUAAGCUUCCAACUACAAACAUGAUUCUCAAUAAAUAUGGACAUCUACAAAAAGAAAAUAUCUUACAGUUUUUCAACUUUCAUAAACAGAUGCAAGUUCCGUUUGUUAUAUAUGCUGAUUUUGAAAGUAUACUGCAACCGAUACAAUAUGCAACACCUUCUGAUAAUUCCUGGUUUACUGUCAAAACCUAUCAGCAUAAACCAUAUUCAUUCGGUUUUUAUGUUAAAUGUUAUUUUGAUGACAGUUUAUCACCACUAACCAUUUAUUGCCGUGACAAUGUGGUUGAAACGUUUAUUCAAAAACUAGAAAAAAAAGUUUACACUAUUGAUCAUAAAUAUCUUAAACAUAUUAAACCUAUGAAAAAACUCACACCGGAAGAGGAAUUACGAUUUUUUGCAAGUAAGAGUUGCCACAUUCGUGAUAAACCAAUCGAUUUUAACGAAAUUAAAGUUAGAGAUCAUUCACAUUUAACAGGUUUGUUUUUGGGUGCGGCUCAUAACGCUUGUAAUUUAAAUUACAAAUUACCGAAGUUCAUACCUGUUUCUAUAUAUAAUCUAACCAAUUACGAUGCACAUCUUUUUAUAACAAAAUUAGCUCAAAAUAAUGAAAAAAUUAAUUUUAAUUUAAGUAAAACCCUCAAUGCUAAUCAAUGUCUAGAGUUACAAAAAUAUUGUCGAUCAAAUGAAGAGUUCGGAUUGUUACGACAGAAAGGUGUUUUUCCUUAUUCAUACCUGGAUAACUUUUCAAAACUUGAUGAGAUAUCUUUACCCACACAGGAACAAUUUUUUGAUAUUUUAAAAGGUGAAAGUAUUUCCGAUGGAAAGUACUUACGACCUAAGCAAGUUUGGAAUGUUUUCGAUUGUAACAAUUUAGGAGAGUACUCUGAUGUUUAUUUAAAAUCAGAUGUGUUAUUAUUAGCUGAUGUUUUUGAAAAUUUUCGACGUAAUUGUUUAUUUAACUAUAAAUUAGAUCCCGCUCCAUAUUUAACGGUUCCAUCACUUAGCUGGGAUGCUAUGUUGCGUAAAACUAAGAUUCAGCUUGAAUUGUUGACAAAUAUUGACAUGCUUCAUUUUUUUAGAAAGGGUAUACGUGGGGGUAUAAGUCAAUGCAGCACUAGAUUUGCUACUGCAAAUAAUCAGUAUUGUGAAAAUUUUAAUUGUUCCAAACCUACUUCUUAUAUUCUUUAUUUAGACGCUACAAAUCUUUAUGGUUACGCUAUAAGCCAAUAUCUUCCACAUGGCGAUUUUAGGUGGUUAGAUGAUAUAGAAAUCACUAAUUUUGAUUUCUUAUCAAUCGAUGAUGAAUCUCUAAAGGGGUAUGUAUUAGAAGUUGAUUUAGCUUAUCCUGAAACAUUACAUGUUCAUCAUAAUGACUUACCUUUUUGCCCUGAAAAUAUAAUCCCUCCUAAUGAAAUAUCCAAAAUUCGUAUGUAUGAUUUCAUUUACAACUACAUUAAAGCUAAAUAUACGGGUAAUACUACCCUUUUGUAUACUGACACAGAUUCUUUAAUUUUACAUAUUCAAACAGAAAACGUGUACCACGAUAUUAAAGAAAACCUUAAUUUAUUUGAUACAUCCAAUUACCCCGCCGAUAAUAUCUUUAAUAUAUCAAGAACACCGUCAGUGGUUGUGCGUCCAUCACCUUAUUCUCCAGAGUUUUGUACAGAAUUAGCCAAAAAAUAUGAAAAAGGUGGUAAAAUUUGUGACUUGUAUCUUAAAAAUCAAAUUUGUUUAUAUGGGUAUAUAUCACUACUAAAAGGUGCUAAAUUAGAUGGUUAUUUAAGACGAAUAAAACAAUAUGUUCCAUCUGUUUUAUACGAAAAAGCAGAAAAUACUGGUGAUACUGAUGAAGAUAUUGGUAAAGAAGUUGAUGAUUGUCCUAAAAAUGGUUCAAGACAAGGCCAAGGUCAAGGCCAAGGUCAAGGCCAAGGUCGAGGUCAAGGUCAAGGUCAAGGUCAAGGUCAAGGUCAAGGUCGAUGUCAAGGUCAAGGUCAAGGUCAAGGUCAAGGUCAAGGCCAAGGUCAAGGUCAGGGACAAGGACAAGGUCAAGGUCAAGGUCAAAGAAAAAUGGAUUUAGAAGCACUAAAUGAGUUUCUUCUUUUAGAAGGACAACGAAAACCUAUUAUAAAGUUAAAUAAACUUCAAAUAAAUACUCCAUACAAAAUUUCUGAAGCCAAGGUGACUGCAUCGAAAUUCGGAGAUUCUGUUGUUUUGGAACUGGAUGAUAAGGUUGUGUUUUUACCACCUAGAUCUACCGAGGUGCUUAAAAAUCAUAUUUUGGAAUUGGGAAAUGGAAGGUAUUCGCUAGUAUUCAUUGGAGAAAAGGACACAGGCAAAGGCAAUCCGGCAGCUUUAUUUAAAUUUAUAAAAUCUUAA